UCGAUUUGUGAUACAAAGCACUUAAAGCCAAACGCUAACGCUGAUCUUAGAUUGACUAGCGUACAAGGUUGCGAUUUGGGACCACAGGGACGCUCACAUGGACCUUUCCGCAGGAUAUUAAAACUUUUCUCACUCUCCACCAUCCUCUUCAACUUCCAUAAUAACUGCAUCAAACUCUCUAGUUCUAACCAACAGAAACGAACUCCCAUUUUCGAAUUUCGAAUUUGAAAAAUAUCUUCGGAGAAGUUUUCGUGUCAAAGGAAGGAUGAAGGAGAUCGCGACGAGGAUUUCAAAGCGCAAGGCCGAGCCGACGCCGUUCCCCGGGAAGAAGCUUCGGUCGUUUCCUUCACGCCGGAAGAGAGCUCAGAUCUCUCCAGUUUCCGUCGAGCCACCUCUCUAUCACAAGGAAACAGGAGUAUCCGCUGCUUCCGUCGAUUCCUGCUCCAAUCUGCUCUCUGCAGUCGACGACAACGUUUCGUGCGGUUCUAGCAGAGUCGAGAAGAGCUCGAAGAAGAAUCGAACUGAAGAGGAAGAAGAAGAAGUCUCUAGACCUGGCAAAGACGUGAAGAAGGAGACGAUCGCUGAUCCGAAGUUUCGGAGGAUCACUAGAUCAUACUCUAAGCUAACCAAGGAGAAGAUCAUAGAUGAGGCUGAAGUAAGCGAAUCGUCAUUCACACGAUCCGACGUGACAUUCGCCGAGAGUAAGGAGAGCGACGUCGUUUCAUUCGUUUCGGCUGUGGAGUCUUGCUCGAAGCUCGGAGGCGAUAACGAAGAAACCGAAAUCUCCAAACCGAGCGGAUUCGUGGAAGAGGUCAAGGAAACGAAGCCGGAGGUUGAGACAGUCGGAUGCGUAUCCGAUCUCGCUUGCACGGAGACGUUUUCCGGCGAAGAUGUUUCGGAUGAUUACGAGGAUGAGUUAUCGGAGCAGCGUUCCGAGAUGUUUUCACUAUCCUCCGACCUCGAUUCAUCGGAUUACACUCCGUCGAUGUUCUUCGAUUCCGGAAGCCAAUUCUCUGAGAAAUCUAGCUUUGAUUCUCCAAUUUCACAUACUCGCUCUCUGUACCUUCAGUACAAGGAACAGUUCUGUAGAUCCACGAUUGCGAACGGUUUCGAAUCUUCUCGCCAUGAUCAAAACCGUGUAAUUCACUCUGAACUGGUAAGGUUUGAAGAUAAAGAGGUGGAAGAGAGCUAUCAAAUGCUGAGGGAAAGAGAGAGAAGUCAUGCGUAUUUGCGUGACUGUGCUAAGGCUUACUGCUCCAGGAUGGACCACGCUGAUUUCAUCCCUCGUCUACGCUUGAUCAUGGUUCAAUGGAUUGUGGAGCAAUGUUCUGACAUGGGGUUUCAGCAAGAGACCUUGUUUCUAGGAGUUAGUCUGCUGGAUCGAUUCUUGAGCAAAGGAUCCUUCAACAGCGAUAGGACUCUAGUACUAGUCGGGAUUGCGAGUCUUACUCUGGCCACCAGGAUUGAAGAAAACCAACUUUACAAUAGCAUCCGGAAAAGGAACUUCUACAUUGAGAACCUAAAGUAUAGCCGUCAUGAAGUGGUGGCAAUGGAGUGGCUGAUUCUAGAAGUCCUUAACUUCAAAUGCUGCUCACCCACAAUCUUUAACUUCUUAUGGUUUUACCUAAAAGCUGCUCGAGCCAAUCGAGAAGUUGAAAGGGUAGCCAAAUCCUUUGCCGUUGCCUCACUGUCCGAUCACACUCAACUCUGUUUUUGGCCCUCGAGUGUAGCAGCCGGACUCGUAGUUCUUGCCUGCAUCAAACACAACAAAACCUCAGCCUACCAACGAGUCGUAAAGGUUCAUGUUAGAACAAAAGAUAACGACCUGCAUGAAUGCGUCAAGAGCCUGGAAUGGUUCCUUGGGCAGUAAGCAAUCAACAACAACAAAAUACCCCCCCAAACCAGAACACAGUAUACUCCCAUACGAACUCACAGGUUAUUAUUACCAUUUAUGAAACAAAAGUAUAUAAUUGGUAUAAACUAAGCAAUGCCUCUACAGAUUUAUAUACUUAAUCUCUGGACUUUUUAGCUGUUGUAUUGGCAUACUAAUACCCAAUUAUUUGUGUCGCUACCAACAUUUAUUGCUUAUUUUCCCCAAUACACUACACUCCCAUUUUAUUAAAAAUCAUUUUAUUGUUCA